AGAAACGGAAGCUCCAGUUAAGCCCAGAGCAAUGCAGCAUCUUUUAUGCAGACCAAUAUGGAAAAAUGUUUUUUCCUAACUUAGCAGCCUAUAUGAGCUCUGGACCUUCAGUUGCUAUGGUUCUUGCCAGACAUCGUGCAGUCUCAUACUGGAAGGAAUUGCUUGGACCAUCAAACAGCAUAAAAGCUAGGAUGACUCACCCUCACAGUUUGAGAGCGAUCUAUGGGACUGAUGAUCUGAGGAAUGGACUUCAUGGCAGUCUCAGCAUAUCCUCAGCAGAAAGAGAAAUUCGAUUCAUGUUUCCAGAAGUGAUCUCGGAGCCAAUUCCAGCUGGACAAAGAGCUAGAGAUUACUUGAAUCUUCAUGUAAAUCCUACAUUACUAGCUGGGCUCACUGCACUUUGUAAAGAGAAGCCAGCAGAUCCAAUGAUGUGGCUUGCUGACUGGCUGAUGGAACACAACCCUAACAAACCUAGGUUAAGACAUUACAUCACUGAAGAAGAACACCAGGAGUAAGAUCUCAGUGGAAAUCAUCUCAAGCAUUCCAAGUUACAGAUGGAUGUCAUCAUUUUCAUUGUAUCUCUGGGCAAUUAAUAUUAUUUGAAGUAAAUGUUACUGUCAUAACUACUCUCGUGUCUUUAUGGAAUCCUUACUCUAAACCAGAAUUUAAAAGCUGUAGUAACUUUUCUAUUGACUUAGAGAGUGUAGACUUAUGUAAUAAAUUUACUGUGUCAGGUGAUAAGAAAAGGGUGAAAUUAUCUUCAGCUGUUACCUGAACUGCUAUUUUCUCUAAUUAUCUUGGUUUCGCUGUCUGGGGAAAAUAAAAUCAUUAAGACAAUUGCAGAUACCAAAUGACAUUCAGCUGGUCUAUACUUUGUGAGGCAGACUUGUUUCCAGCACUUUUUUAGGAGACACAAACUGCAUUCUGAGAGGAGGUACCUGAAUGUAACUUAGAAAACAGAUACUGAGGGCAUAUUACCAACCUGGGAAAUGUGGUUCUUGUUUGCAUCGCUGAGCUAUGGCAACUCCUAAAGUGGUGACUUGAGACUGAUGUAUUUUGACAAAAGAAUUUGAAAUCUGAAUUAAAAGUACCUUGAAUGUACAUUUUUCCAUCUCGGUGACAAAAGGCACAGUGGUUAUACAUCAGUCUCUAAUUUCUAUUGGAAGUCACAAGAGGGUGUAUUUUAGGGACUAAUGCUGAUAUUAUUUCCAAAUUUGUUUAAAGAAAGGUGCUUAAAUGCAACAACUCAUAGUAGGGGUGUUUUUCUGUGCUCAUCUGCUCUUAAAAGGUAUGCUGAUUUCUGUUGUUUUCCUUGUAUUGUAGUUUACAUUUGAAAUUUACUAUGUUUUAUUUGACAGUUUCAAGGGGAUGGGCUAGGGGCUAUGCUGUUCAGCAGGCAGUGGUUAAUCCUGUACUCUAUUUCUAAAGUAAUUGGACUGGUUGGGAGAGGGCAGGAAGCUUUUUUUGUUUUCUUCAAAGUUGUAUUUGCACUGCUAACUUCAAACUUUGUAUUUUAUGGUUUUUCUGGAUUGUGUGGAGAAAGCAUUGAUCUCACAGUUCUGAAACUUGAGUAGACUUAACUCAUACUAAAACAAAGUCAGUUUGUUUUAUGACAAACAUUGCUUCUCAAACUUGAGUAAUUAGCAGCAAUUUGAGCCAUUUGUCUGUAAUAUUAAACUUUUUCUAAGCUAAUUGUGUAUCUUCUAAGAGAACUGAUCCGUACUUGCCAUUUCAGAUAACAAUCUCUACAAAAACAAAACAAGAAACACAAUCUGAACCUAACGCUCAGAUAUGAAGAAAAAAUAAAAGGUCAUUAGAAAAACAGCAAAAAGAUCUCUUUAUAACUAAUUUCUCUUACCUGUAAUUACAGUUCCCUACAUGUGUCUGAUUGCUGCAAUUAUAGGACAGUUGUACUUUGUGGUUUCCUGUUAGCCAAACCAAAGCAUUUCUAUUUUGAACAUGCCAGAAGCUAAAACCCAACAUAUGCACAGUGCAUUCUUCACUUCUGUUAGUUACUGAGGUGUUUGCUUGCUUACUUAGAUGUGUUCUAGUUUGGCAAUAAAUUUCUCCUUUAUGGCACUGCUGGAGCUCUCAGUUUGUCUUUUGCAAUAGGCCUCAGUUACAUCAUACCUAUAGAAGGUUUGUAGGUACUGCAGUGAGUGUGUGGGUCCUUUGGUACACUGGAUGUGUAGGAGAAAGGGCAAAACUAGCUGGAGUUGUAAAUGUUACUUUUGUAGCCAUGCACUAUAAUGUAUCAGUCAUACAAGCCUGUAUCUGUUACAGGUUUUGUUCUCUAGUAUUCCAUUCCAUGUCUCUGUACACCAGGGACAAAUACUGACCUGGUAAACUAAACCUCACAGCUGAGAUGUGGAGGAAGUUGUACCAGUGAGUGGGAUGUGGGCAGGACAGUCCUACCCAGAGGACAGGCAGCAUAAUGGCCUGGUCCCCUGGGGGAGCUGUCACACCGUACGAGAGGCUGCUUGAGGAAGUGCUGCUCACGUUUCAAUUGAGCUUUAGGUUUCUGCUUGGCACAGUGUUAUAGGCUUGGCCAGCAUUGUAAAUCCACAUCAGAGAAAGCAUAGUUUUGGGGGAGAAAAAAACAAACAAACAAAACAAAACAACAACAACAACAAAAACAUGAAUUGAAGAUGCCUUAUCAUCUGGUGUCUGCCAGGCAAGUUGUCUGGUAAUUAGUGACCUCUGUUGAGUCCAAGUAGUUACCUUGCCUAUUGGGUUUUAUUGAGCAUUUUAAUUUUGAGGGAGUUCAUUUUAGUUGUACUGCUAGAGUGCUGGAAUAGAGCUAUGUCCAUAAAACCAGUAGCUCAGUCUCUUUCCAUAAUUCUGGUUUUUUUGGCUGCUUUUUGUUUUGCUCAUUGCCACUUGCCUUGGAAAUUAUUCACAAAACUAUACAGCUACUAAGCUACUGUGAAGCAUAUGAUUGUUCAGAAUUCAUGUCUCAAAAGGGAUUUUUUAACUUUAAUAGGCCAGUUAUACUGCCAGGAAACCUGAGUAUACUUUAAACAUGGCAUAAGCCUCAAUCAAAGUCAAUUCCACUUUGCCUAUAUAAGUCCAAGCAUUCCAGCAUGCCAAGCUUCAGAAACGAGUUGCUGCUUGGCACUUAGGGCUUUCAUUCAACAAUCUGAGGCAAAAAGUGUUACGUGGAGACUUGCAAAUCCUCAUCUUUCUUACUUAUGAACAACUGUUCUUUCACUGAAGUAUUUAAUGUUGACUGUUCUUCAAACAACAGUGAUCUAAGCAAAAUUCAUAGAUUGGUGAUAAAGUGACAGGUGUUUCUCCCAUGGCACUGUAUAAAGGGAAGGAAUGACUCAAGCUUGCAGUUCUUUUCAGUGCCAUAUUAGAACAGCAGAUUCUACUUACGGCUGUAAUUAGUAUUAAUUUGCUAAGCCAGAGCACUCAGAUCAAGAUAGUUCAUGCAAUUGUGGGCAGUAAAUGUUGAUCCUUUUUGUCCUUAACCAGCAAGAGUGCACCCUCUGCAAAUAAUGUGGAGGAAAUACCCCUUCUGUGAAAUGGAAAAUCCUGGUAUCUUUUGGAUGGCCCACUGGUAGAGCUGCUGCCCAUAGUCAGAAAACUUCUGUCAUCCAGACAAACUCCUCUGGGUGGCAAGGGUGUCAGCAGCAUGACUGAUAUGCUGAGCCUCCUUGGGAGGAUGUCUGUCAAAUAAAUUCUUGUUAUGUUGCCUCCUGCCAGGUGAUCACGGAGAUCUGCCAGAAGCUCAGGGGAGAGCCAGUUGUUGGUCUUCCGAGCCAGAAAGGAGGCAUUGUUGUAAGAUGAAGCAGCCUGCGGGAGAGGACAGCAGCUUGCAGACAAGUGGGUGAAUGAUACUUCAUUAAUGAUAGCACAGAGAGAUUAAGAAUGAUCUUUGCUUUACUGCUUGUGAGUGCUUUAUGGCUGAGGGAGGUGAUGCACUCAUAUAAAGGACUUCAUAUAGUGCCUGGUAUACUUACAGUUGUCUUGUAUGGCAGUACAUUUUUUCCUCUGAGAAAAUCAGGCUAACUCUUCAGGUAGUGAAGGAUUUCAGGUUAACUCACUCUUGCGUAGCUGCAGUACUGUUCUGAGAUCAGGUUACUUUAAAAAUAAAAUUAAGUAAGACUAUGCUACCAACUUCUUUUUUUAAAAGACUUUUAAUCGGAGAUCUCUGAGGCAGACAGGGUGGAUCUCCUGUAUUACUACAGAGAGAAAUUUUAAAGGCAAUUGAGUGCAGUCUGUCAGCCCCAAAUGCCUGGGCAAAAAGUCACAUGUAUACUCACCCUUAAGUCCAGGGAACUUUUAUGUGCGAGAUCCUAAUUUGGCUCUCAUGUCUCUUGAUUUUGAUAAGCAACUCUGCAAACCACUCCUUUUUUCUUUAUAACUUAUUUAUAGUCAGCGCCUAAACUCUCAUUUCCUUGCAAAGAAGUGGUUGUUAUUUGUUAUGUUUCUAGAGUCUGCACUGAUUAUCAGGGUAGGAAAUUCUGCACUUCCAAAAGCAACAUCUCACUGCUGUGCUGGCUAUCGGCUCUUAUCUCUUUUCGGUGUCGUAAAUGUUCUUUCCUACUGGGUGGUAUUCCUGCUGCAGUGUGAAUGACUGCCAUGUUUUGUAUGCAUUUGGUUUUGUGUCAUCCUCAUUUCUCUAUGUGAGAAAAUUCCCAGCAGUAUUUAGCAUACGCGUGUGGAUAAAUCUCCUGCAUGCCCCAUAAAGUAGUUUACUGUGGGCCACUAUAAAGCAGUCAUUACGGGGUGAUGUUUAAACUUCUGAGAUUAACACAGCCUCUCAAUUGCACUUACUUAUUUUUAUAGUGUAAUUUAGCAACUGAACCAGAAGAUAUGACAUAGCAAGGCCUUCUUAAAAACAUUGGUCCCAAUUAUUCUCUUGGUUUCUUCAUGGUGUAUUCAGAACAAUUCCAUUCUUUUGGCUUAAAAAAAAAAAAAAAAAAAAA